AUGCUUCGUCAAUUGCUGCGUCGCUCGGUAUUCUAUGUUCCGUGCAGCGAGGAGCGCAAGAUCCAAAAGGCACAGACGUCAGCAGCCGACUGCAUCAUGUACGACCUCGAGGACGGCGUGUCGCUGAACCGCAAGACGCAGGCGCGCUCUCUGGUGCUCUCAGCAAUACACGGCAACACGCACAGCAAGGAGCGCGGGGUGCGCAUCAACAGCGUUGGCAGCGGGCUGGAGCUCGAGGAUCUCUCAGUGGUUCUGCAGGCGCCCACUCUGGACGUGAUUCUUGUGCCCAAGGCCGAAACCGCGCGCGACAUUCAGGUGGUGGCUCACCAGAUCAGCCAGGCCAAGAGAGACAUCAAGAUUAUCGCCAGCAUCGAAAGCGCCCUGGGCGUCAUGAAUCUACGCGAAAUCGCAAUGAGCGACGAGCGCGUCGACGCGCUGCUGUUUGCUGCCGAGGACUACUGCUCGGACACGGGCAUUACGCGCACGCCUAGUAGGCAGGAGCUGUACUAUGCGCGGGCGGCGGUUGCCACGGCCGCACAUGCGUUCCGCAAGCAGGCGAUUGACAUGGUGUGCAUGGACUUUAGAGACAUGGCGGUGCUGGGCGAUGAGUGCAGCGAGGGAGCGCAGAUGGGGUUCACGGGCAAGCAGGUGAUCCACCCGGCGCAGGUCGACACAGUCCAGCAACGGUUCCUGCCGCCUGACGAGAUUGUCAGGCGUGCCUGGCGCAUUGUCAACGGGUACCAGGAGAACUACGAGCUCGGCAAGGGAGCGUUUGACCUGGACGGCAAGGCCAUUGAUAUGCCAGUGGUCAAGUGGGCGUUCAAGAUCCUGCGGCGCGUGGAGCUGGCAGGCAUUGACGUCGAUGCCAAGUUCCAGGGAUCGGCCCCUGGCUCCUGA